AUAUAUUUAUUAGUUUUUUAAUAAUUAUAGAUUGUGAUUGUUGAAUAAUUAAUUAUGUUUGUUAGUGUUUCUAUUUAGUGAUUGAAUAGGUUUAUUAGUUUGAAAAUUUGAAUAUGUUCAUUAGUUGUUUUUGAAUAGUUUUAGUGUUUUGAAUAUUUUGAUUAUUUGGUUUUGAAUAAUUUCGGUAUGUGAAACAAUAUAAAUAAUCUAAUUUUUAGAAAUGAUGUAGCAGAGACGGAUCUAGAAAUUUGAAGUUGUGAGAAUAAUAUAUACAUAUAAAUUCAAAACAAAAAAAUUAAGCUAUACUAUUAAAAAUGAGAACAUUUUUUACCAAAAAGGACACAAAUGAAUACAUUUUUUUACCAAAAUAGACCAUAAAAAUCACAUACUACCAUGAGAAUAUAGUACAAAAUUUCUAGUAAAGUACAAAAUUUAUGUUCAUAUAAAGUUUUAAGUUCCCCAAUUUAUUUUAUUUAAGAUUGGUUUAAAUGCACUUUUGAACCAUCAUGUUAUAACUUUUUGCGAUUGUCAACCCUUAUCUUUUUUUUAUACGAAUGGGAACCCUAUUCUUUCAAAACGCUGUACCGUUUACCCGUCCGUCCAAAGCCGUCAAAAACUUGAUUUUACACGCUGAUAUGACAUUUCACGUGAAUAUAAACUUGAGGGUUCAAAAGUGCAUUUAAGCCUUUAAGAUUAUACAAAUUAAAGCUAUUAAAAGAGAUUACCAUUACCUAUAAUACGUGGAUUUUUUAAAAUGCUUAGACCUGAGAACCAACACCAUUAGACUUAAUUGUUAGUAUCAUAUUUGGGUGGGAAAGUUUGGAAAUUAAUGGUCAAUUUUGCCUAUAAAUACCCCACAUUGACAAUAUAUUCAUUCAUCCAACUAUCCUACAGAUCUCAAUACAUCUAUAAAACUUUUCCACCUCCAAGCAUGGUUCACCAACUUCCUGUUCAGCCUUACCUUGCAACGUUUGCUAUGAUAACCCAUCUCCAGAUUGUAUGAUUUUCAGCCUUACUAUGUCAUACUUAUAUCUUCCAACUUCUAUUUUCAUUUUCUCAGACCAAUAAAAUCCACAAGCACAAAAUGAUUAUUUUGAUAAGAUAAAAUAUAUUUUAUCUUCAAGUGUUUUUUGGUUUCCAUAGUAUACAAGAAUGUAUCUUUAAAUUUCAAAUUGUUGCUUACAUUAAUACAGUUAUACAUUCAUAUUCCUGUGUUCUUUCAAGUAAUUCUUUGUAUUAAUCAAAUGUUUUAAGGACGGAAAAAAACAUCAAGAAAUUUUGGGUGAACUGUUUCAAAGUGGGCAGACUCAUUGGAUAUGGGUUAUCAUAUUUGAAUAAACUAAGAUGUACCUACAGCUAACUGAUAAACGCAUGUCUUAAGAAGUUUGAGUAGGUGGUAGAUCUAAGUGUUGUUGUACGCAGAAAUCACCUCCUCACAAGUGCCCAUACAUUAAAGUAACAUGUUAAAUGCCUAAAAUUAUCAUGGAACAAGUUUAUACAUUUUGCCACAUAUGUUUGGUACACCACUUUCAUCCCUUGACAUAAUAUCCUUUUUUGUAAACCUUUUCAAUGUGGGAUUUUCCUGAGCUAGACCAGCUAUUUCUUCUUAAAAGUGGUCAUCUUGUGGGAGAAAACUGGAUUCUGGAGGAUCCACUGGGGAAACUACAUCUUCUGAAGAUUAACCUCAGUCUGCCUAGCCCUAGGUUUGAGGUAGGGUGGAAGGAAUUCAUGACUUUCUAUGGUUUAACAGGCAAGAAUUGGUGCGUCUUUGACAUGGUCUCCCCGUCAUAUUUUCAUGUAACAUGAUGCACAAAACAACGAGAUAGCAUAUGCUGAACUGGUACCACCUUCAGCAGACUCCGCCACUUAUGUAGUGGAAGAAGACAAGGUGCAGAGUGCCUUUAAAGCAUUGGUUGUGUCAGACUCCGCAGCAGGGCCUUUACAAAUGUCAGGUGUUCCAUCUCCACUAACCGAAGACGUCAACUUUCUUCUGGACGAGCCUCUCUUCACCGGAGAGUCAUCUGAUGCGUUUCUUAAUGCUCAUGUUCCUGAACCUGUGCAACAGGAUAUACAGCCACCCGUUGUCUAUGAGAUGUCCCUAACCACACGACUCACUCCAUAUCGUGCAUACGGGAGCCAAUAUGUGUUGCUGAAGAAUGUUGGGGAGUACGUCCGUCAGCAGGGACGUGAGCCAUGGCGUAUCAAAGGCCCAAAUGGUAAAGAAAUGAAAGUAAAAAUAUUCUUAACCAAACUGGGUAAGGGUUGGCGGAAGUUCUGCAAGGACAACGAGGUUCUUCACGAUCAGAAUAUCUCGAUGACCUUUUCAGAUGGUGUGUCAAGGUUGAUUGAUUUCAAGAUCCUGGACUAGACUGGUGCAAUCUCCCUUGGCAGAUGUUUUUAAUGCUGCUAGAUGUCGGCAGAGUGAAGGUGGAAAGGUUUUCUGUACGUGAAGUCUUAGACAUUAAGGAUUCUAUUCAUGGUUUGAUGUUUUCUUAUUUCCAACAAGGAUGAAGUUGAUUAAAGCUUCAAUAUGUAUUUUCCUGCAUUCAGUACGGUGUUUUUUUAUGUUUUUUUAGCAAGUCUAACAUGGUUAUGCAAGUUGUCUUAAUGUAACAUUGUGGACUCUGAUUAAUAUUAAAGGUUUGGUGUUUUAUG